AAAACAUCGUAGUAAUACUGCAGUGUUCCGCGGCCGCCGGCGCCUGUAGAGCACACACAUUCGUGUUUUCCAAGACAACUCGAAAUUCGGUGUGACGCUGUCUCGCAGUCUCGCAGGAGAAUUUCAGCUUGGUGGUCGUGUCUGCUCGUCUCGACUUGUUGUCUUGCGUAUCGGCACUGCCUACUGCUGUAAUAUCAUCGCGAUUCUUUCUGAUCAGCUUGCUGCACUUGUGUGCGCUCGUUGUCCGUUCCGUACCUACGCAUUUUUUUCCGAAUCAAUUUAUUAUUCAUUAUUUUUUUUCGAAUCAAUCACUCGUUACGCGCUCGACGGAUCCACACCGGCCAGUCAAUCUCGUUUGUCAAGAGGAAAGAGCAGCGACACUACAUUGUCGGUAGGGCUGACGUCCCCUAACUCCGGCGAGUAACCGUAGCUGCACCGUCGGCUCCGGCGGCGGUGGCAACGGGAAAUACCGCCGACACAUACAUUAUCCAACCAUGCCUCCUCGACGCCGUCCAAAACAAACGGCCCGGACGGCCAGAACGACUAAUACGGCCCGGACGGCCAAGACGGCUCAAACAGUCAAGACGGCUAGGACAGCCAAGGCGGCCAAGACAAAUAAGACGCCCAAGACAACUAAGACGGCAAAGACAACUAAGACGGCCAAAACAACUAAGGCGGCCAAGACGGCCAAGACGGGCCGGACAGCCAAGACGGCUCGGACCGCCAAGACAGCACGGACCGCCAAGACAGCACGGACCGCCAAGACGACGACCCCAAAGCCUCUGGAGCUGCCCAAAAUGCCACCACAAAAUCCAUCUCCACUUCGAAAAGGCGAAUUAGUCUUUUGUAAUUGGAAGAAUACAUAUUACCGUGCAGAAAUACAGAAAAUAAUUCCAGAAUCUGAAUACCUUUCAGUUCAUUUCUGGAAGUUUGCCAAAUCAUGGGACAUGCCGAUGAAUAAAAAUACUCUGAUAAGAUUUGAAUCGAAAGCAAACCAAAUAUAUGCCAAGAGAUACAAUGCAUAUCAACACAGGAAGAUUAAAGAAAAUAAUAGAAUAAAAGAAGAGAUACUUAAGAAUAAAAAAGAAAAUAAACCUUCUGUAGUAAUGAAUCGAUUAAAUUUUGAUCCAACAAAAUUUAAAGUUAUGGUUUCGGAUGAAGGCGUAAUAAGUUUAUUACCAAAAGAUAUAAAUUUAUCUAAUAAUAUACUACCUGAAAAUGAAUCGCACUCUUCUGUUGGAAUAGAAUCAAUCAUAUCUUCCGAACAAGAAAAAAAUGUUCAAUCAGUAUCACAACCAUCAAUAAUUCAAGAACAAGAGUCAUUAAAAGAUGAUAAAAACCAUGAUUUCACACAACUCUUGGAUACCUUCUCAACUAAAGAAAAAGAUGUAAUUGGUGUUUUGGACCAUAUGUUAACCAAGUCAAAAUUUAACAAUUCUGUUCGAAAUCAUGAAGUUGUGGAUCAACCUGUGAUGCCUAUUGUCAUAAAUAAUGAUUCUUUGGUUUUAAAUGAUGUCUUGGAGAAGAAUGCGAUCAAAUCUGUCUGUAAUGAGAUUAGUGAUGAUCAACCGAAAAACCAACAACUAUUAAUUAAUGAUAAUUUUACAUCCAACAAUAAAUCCAUCUGCGAUCCUUCUGAAAUAGCAGGCUUAUCUGGAAUAACAACCAUGACAAACAAUAAGAGGAAAACAAAAGACUUAGAAGAAGAAACUAUUGAUGAAUAUGUUGGCAUAAAAAAAAUAAAAUUUCUUAAGAAAAAACUAAGCACAGAAUAUCUUGACAUUGAUAUUAGUGAUUCUCGUUUAGAUAAAGACAGAUGUUCGAUAUCAAACGAUAAAGAGAAAAUUAGUGAUAAUGUGGCAGAGGCUAGUAAAGAUAAUGAUAAUGUUAAAAAAUCAAAAGUACAAAUAGAAUAUGAGCAUAAUACAACAAAAAAAUCAAAAGAUAAAAACAAUUUUACUGUUGAAGAUCCUGUAAUAAAUGACACUAGUGUUCUACUAUGCAAAUCAGCUAUUGAGAAGACAGUUAAUGAUUACGAAGAUAAGACUGAAGGUGUUGGAGAGCGCUGUGAUAAAAACUAUGAUUAUUCUGCAUUUGAAGAAACUAAUCAAUUAAGGAAUAAUUAUUUUAAUGAAAUAGGGGUUGAAGUACAAUCAAAUGACAAUGAGAAUAACUUUGGAAAUGUUGAGUAUGAAAACGUUACAACUACCAAUAAGGAAGAUGAAAUACAGACUGAUGAUCUACACGAGUUUAGCUAUUCACCGAGUGUUUCAAAUGCAAAUGAGUUAAUAAUUGGUGAAGAAGACAAGAUAGAUGAAAAUCAAAGCAAUCCAAUACAAGUUCAAACAGGUUCGGCCACAGAAAAGAUACAACCUAAAAUACAUUUUGAUUGUAUUAAAAUAAAAAUGGAUAAUUUUCACAAAGAUAUUAAAAUUUCUGAAACUGAAGAUCAAUUAAUGUUGGAUGAGCAACAAGUUUCAAUCAAUCUUGAUAUUGAUUCAGUUGGUGAUAAGUCAAGUUAUGCAUUGAAUAAACCCUCAAAUGAAACGGAUAAUACAAUUAACGUGUCACAACAUGGAACAAAUGUAGAUACUGCUGAAAAUAAUGCAUUACUUGUAAGAACCAAUUAUGUUGAACACGUUACAACCUCAAAUUCUAGAGAACAAUUAAUGCUUGAUGAUCAACAAAAUUUGACCAAUUCAAACUGUGUUUUAGUAGGUAAGGAUCAACCCGAAGAUGUUAAAACUGGUAUUCAGCAACCUAUUAUAAUGGACUUAAAAAGUAUUAUCAAAUCUAUAGAUUUUUCAUCUAAAGGCGUAUGUUGUUGUAUUAGUUCAUUUUGUGAAAAAACGGGUAGAAAUAUAAAUUGUCUGAAAUUAGUUAAAGUCAAAGAUCAUUUGACAAACCAAGAGGUUAAUUUGACAGGCGAAGAGAUUAUUUUGAAUUUUAACGAAAAAAAUACUGUAAAUGGACAAGACUCAAAUGAUUCAAUAAAACGAGAGCAUUUUAAUGAUCCUUGUAAUAAUCUUGAUGGUAAUCGUGUUGGUGGUAAUCUAGACUGUGAAGGAAAUGACACAACUAAAUUGGAGGGCAAUCAACAAAAUAAUAAAAUAACUUUCGUUUUUGUUACAAGACCUUUGCCAAACAACGCAGAUAAUUUAGAUGAAACUAGUGAUCCAGAUGUCAAACUUGAAAAUAGAAUAGAAAUAGAAGUUAUGUUCGAAGAAAACCUUAAAAUAAAAGAGCUAUGUGAUACACCUAAUGAUGAUCAGGCCUUAGAAGAAUUUAAUUUUUCUGAAGUUGAAAGUCUAUCAUCAACUACUCCAACUAUUCUGGAGGAGAAAAAUAAAAAAAAUGUUGAUGGAUAUGAAGCUAUAACUACUACUAAUCUAACAUCAGAUAAAAAUUAUAAUUCAUCGUUAAUAUUAUCAACAACACUCGAUAAAGAGAAAAUAAAUUGUCAUGAUACGACAAUUAAUAUAGAUGUUAUUACCAAAGAAAACCAUAUAUUAAAUGAGAGAUUUCCUACCAAAACAAGUGGACUAUUAUUACCAACAACUGAGUUGAUGGAAAUAGAUACUAAUAUUUGUCUUCAAAGUGACAUUACUGAAGAUUCGACUACUAACGAAUGUUCAAUUUCAAAUGAAAUUAUCAAUCAUCUUAGUGAUCUUGAAACUGAGUCAAAUUCUAUGACUGUUUAUAACCAAGAAGACAAAAUAAUAGAGGAUCUAAUUCCUAAUGUGAAUCAUACAUCAAAUGAGAGUUUUCCUUCCAAAGAAUGUGGAUCAUUACUAACAACAACUGAUUUUUUGGAAAUAAAUACUAAUAAUUACCUUCAAAAUGACAUUAUCGAAGAUUUGACCACUAAUGAAUGUUCAAUUUCAAAUGAAAUUAUCAAUCAUUUUAGUCAUCUUGAAAUUGAAUCAAAUUCUAUGACUGUUAAUAACCAAGAAGACAAAAUAAUAGAGGAUUUGAUUUCUAAUGAUUGUUUAACUUCUAAUGAAAGUAUUGAUCAUUUUGAAACUAAUAUUUUAACAAUAUCAACAACCGAGUUGAAUAUUAAUGACCAAGAAGACACAAUAAAGGGUAAUAUUGAUGCUGAUUAUGAUCAAGAUUCCACAUCAAAUGAUAGUUUUAUUUUAAAUAAAAGUAAUGAUAUUUAUACUGAAAGUUCUUCAAGUUCAUCAAUAUCAACAAAGAAUGUAAUAAAUAUUAAGAAAAAAAAAAAUAAAAAAAAAAAAGAUAUUGAAGGAGAUCUUGUCUGGAAAAUAGAAACCUCAUCAACUACUCAGUCAAAAAUUAAGGAUAUUUAUAAAAAAUACAAGGGAGAUGAUAAUGUCCGAAAAGUAAAAGCAGUAACAUCUACAGAUGAGUCAAAAUAUACCAUGGAUCUACCACUUAGUUACUUAAAAACAUCAACACUUUUUAAAAAAUUAUUAAUAAGCAAAACCAAGGAUAUUCAAAUAGAUUCUGACGAUACUUAUACGGUUGCUACCAAUAAUCAACAAGAUCCUAUUUCCAAUGAUAAUUUUGCAUUAAACCAAAUCGAUGAUCAUGAAACUGGGUGUUCUUCUAGUUCAUCUUUAUCAACAUAUGUGUCUAAAAAAAAAAAUAGACAUACAAAUCUUGAAAGUGAAAAUACUGAUGAUCGUGUUCAAAGAUUAAAAGCAAGUUCAUCAACAAGCAUUGAUGACAUUAUAAAUAUUCAAAAUAAAUAUAACAAAAGCAAAGCGACUAAGGAAGUUAAUGAUUUGAAAAAACCACAUGCUUAUGAAAAAUAUACUAAAAUUAAAUCGAAAGAGGUGAAAAUGAUUGCUGCUAAAUAUAAUUUUCCUUUGGACUAUGAUCAAGAUGUUACUUCUAAUGACAGUUUUAUUAUGAAUAAAAAUAAUCAAUCUGAAGCUUGUAGUAUUACAAGCUCAUCAUCGAGUAUAAAAGUGGCAAAUAAAAAGAAGAAAUUUAAAGAAAACAAAAGUGAAAUUACUGAUGGAGAAGAUAACCCUCGUACUUCAAAAAAAUCAACCUCAAUAACAAAGUCUAACAAUAAGAUAAUUAAUGACAGAGCCCAAAAAUCAACUGAAGGUUUACCACUUAGUUAUAUCAAACAGUCUAAUGUUAUUGCAAAAAUGCUCAAGGGUAAAUCAAAGAAUUCAUUAAAGUUGAAUGAUAAAAAUAAAUCUGGAGCUGAUAACCAAGAAGAUGAUAGUUCUAAUGAUUGUUUUAUAUUAAAUCAAAGCAAUCAAUCAGAAAUUUGUAGUUCAACAUCAUCAACGAUCGUGACAAAUAAAAAGAAGAAAACUAAUUAUUGUGAAAGUGGAAUUUUUGAUGGAGAAGAUCAUUCUUGGAAAUCAAAAAAAACAACAACAAAAGAAUCCAGCAAUAAGAAACAUAGUGAAUGCAAUAAAUUUACUAAAGAUUUACCAGAUAAUUAUUUAAUAAAAUCAAAAUCUUACAAAAAACUUAGCAGUAAAACAAAAGAUGCAUUUAAUAAAGAUAACUUAAAAACUGAUCAUAAACUAAAAGAUAAGAUUUCCAAUGAAAGUUAUCACCCUGAAACUUGCAGUUCAUCAAAUUCAUCUCAUGUAUCUAAAAAAAAGAAAACUAAAAAUGUUAAAAAAGAUGUUUCUGAUGGAGAUCAUUUUCGAAAAUCAAAAGAGUCAAAAAAAAGAAUUAAUCAUGACAAAGAAAAAAAAUUAACUGAGGAUGAUUAUCGGAGAUCUAAAGCUUCAACAUCUACAACAGAGUCCUACAAUAAGAUAUUACAUGAUGGACAUUUGAAAUUAACUAAGAGUUUGCCAAGUAGUUACCUCAAACAGACAAAUGUUUUUACAAAAUUACUAAAAAGUAAAUCUCAGGAGUCAGUAAAAUUAGACGAUAUAAAUAAUGUUAAUGCUGAUAAUCAUGAUGAUGGUAUUGCUAAUCAACCUGAAGCUUGCAGUUCAUCAACAAAUGUGACAACUAAAACAAAGAGAAUCAAAGAUCAUAAAAAUUAUAUUUUUGAUGGUCAAGUUAGAAUAGAAAAAACAUCGAUUUCGACAUCAACAACUGAGUCAAAUGAGUUUAUCAGAGAACGUGAAGCAACUGAAGAUCUAGCAGUUGAUCAAAAACAUAAGUCAAAAGGGUUUAAGAAACAUACAAAGAAAAAGUCAAAUGAUGUAGAUUUAAAUAGUGACAGCGAAGAUAAUGUAGUUGGUGGCUCUCGACUAGAUUUAACUUCCAAUAGUCUUACUUUGAAUAAUAGUAACCUUUCUGAUACUACUACUUCAACUAUACAAACAACUGUAUUAAUUAAUAAGAAGAAAAUUAAUAACUAUAAAAAUAAAGUUACUGAUGGAGAUAAUUGUGUCAAAGAAGUUAAAGAUAAGAAAUCACAUGUUGUAGAUAUUCUCCCUGACAAAGACGAUAAAGUGAUUAAUAGCUAUCAACCAAUUUCUAAAUCAAAUAUUUAUCGUACAUCCAAUGGGAAUUGGUCAUGCGGAAGUGCCAGUUCAUCAAACUCAAUACCUUUGUCAAAUCAUCAAAUAGAAUCUAACGAUGAUGCACAUACUUCAGAUGACGAUCAAUAUGUUAAAAACAGAAAAAUUUCUAAAAACAAUCUGGAAUCUUUUGAUGAUGUAGACCGUAGUAUUUUUGAAGCAUUUGGAUAUGAAAAAUUAUAUUCAAGAGCUGCAAAGGUAAAAGCUAAUGAAGCAAUAUCGCAGAUGAGUAAACCACUUAUUAACAAAGAUAAGAAAAAUGAUGCUACAAAACGAUUGAAGAAUGGCAAGAAGAGUAAUGAAUAUGAUCCGUGGUUUGGAAUGUUGACACUUGAUGAUUACAACGUUAAGUUGCCCAAGUUUGCUCAAGAAAUAUUAAUUAUAGAUAAACAUAUGCUUGAAGAUGAUCGUUGUAUUUCAAUUGUACCUUCAUACAUAACUGUAUUCAAAAUUAUAAAGGAUUAUGUAUUUACAACAAAUAAGUGCGUAGAAAUGGCAAUCAUUAUUUUAGAAGCUUUUAACUGUUCGUUGUAUUUGUGGUUGUUACAUCCGCUUGAAAGGCCUAAACAUGAUUAUGUUUUAAAUAACAAUACUGGCAUAUCUAUGUGUCACAUUUAUGGACUUCCUCACUUCCUCAGAUUUAUUAUGAAACUACCCAAACUUUUCCACUUGGUGAAGGAUGUCUUAGAUAGCUUUGUACCUAACGCUGUUGAAUUUAUUAGAGGAUUACUCCACUAUAUAGAGCAACAGCAUGAUAAACAACAAUAUUUGAUUGAUUAUGAUUGUAUAAUGCCCCAUGAAUACCGAAAGGCAUACUAUGUGUAAUUUUUCUUAGAAUUACAUAAUUGGCCGUAAAUAUUUGUUGUUCAUUGUACAUACCUAGAUAAUAGUUAAUUACUCUGUAACUUUUUUUUUUUUUUACAUGCAUUAUAAUGUAUUAUUUUUUUUACCAUAGUGUUAUUACUUAUUAUUAUUUGUUGAGUAUAAAAUAGGUUACUUUUUUAAUAUGAAUUUAAAUUAAUAUUUAUUGUUUCCAAUAAAAGCAUUUUUCUAUUGUAAUAAAUAUUUUCUAAUAAUUUUCUACUUUGUUAGUAUAAUACUUAUAUAACUUAUAAUUUACAGUAAAAUUAAUUUGUAUACAUUUUUUUUGCGAAUUUAUACUAUUAGUAAUAUUUAUUUAAGUAAUAAUAUUUGUUAACAUAUUAACUAAGUUAUAUUUGAGUACAAUUAAUUAAUGGGAUUUAAAUAUGUAUUUAUCUUAUGCAUGUCAUAUCUUAGUAUUCUUAUAAAAUUUAUUAUAUCUUGAAUGUAUCUGCAAAGAGAAGGGUUUGUUCUUAAAUAGAUUAUAGGUGAAAAAUGUUUUCCACUAUUCUAUUUUAAUUCUUAUUUUUCUUCUCUUUUGUAAAUUAAACUAUCAAAUAUUAUAUUCAAUUAAUUGUACCCAACCAUUAUAAUAUGACUUGUGUAAGUGUUAAAAAGUUCACCCGGUUACGAGACUGACGAUGUUUUAUGUUAUUAAAAUGUAUUUCUUAUUAUGAAAGUAUUCAGUAAUUGUAUUAGACUAAAUGUUAAUUUAUGUAUUUGUAAAUUGACUUUGUUUACCAUUAAAUAAGUUAUUAUCCUGUGUAAA